CAAACCACACUCACCUUUCACCAAAUUCUUUUUACAUUUUAUCACCUCUUUGUCUCUAUUUGCAUCUCUUUUCAUAAUUAUUACCAUUAUAUUUUUCUACUGUGAACUUUUCGAACAUGUCGCUAGACGGAUCAGGACUAGGAGGGAUGGCUAUGGCGGAGGCUUACACGGUGAGGAAGUUUCAUAGAGAGAACAUGAAGAGUAUGAUGGCAACCGCGGCCACAAGUACCGCCGGUGGAAUCGAAGAGAACGGUGGAGGAUCCGGCCGGUGGUUCUUUGGAAAGCUGAGCACCAAGAAAAACUCUGCUAAAAUGAUGAGCUCUUCUUCUUCUACUACUCAAGUUGUAUCAUUCAGAGACAUGGGGAUGUAUGAGCCAUUUCAACAGUUAUCUGGUUGGGAGAAUCCUUUCAAAUCAGAUAUCAGCAAUAUCACUAGUAAUCAAAAUAACAAUCAGAGUUCUUCAACAACUCUUGAGGUGGAUGUUAGACCAGAAGCAGAUGAUAACAAUAGAGUGAAUUAUACUUCUGUGUAUAAUAACUCUGUUGAAGCAGAACCUUCGAGUAAUAAUGAUCAGGACGAAGACCGGAUCAAUGAUAAGAUGAAACGGCGAUUGGCUCAGAACAGAGAAGCUGCUCGCAAAAGUCGUUUGAGAAAGAAGGCUCAUGUGCAACAGUUAGAAGAAAGCCGGUUAAAGUUGUCACAGCUCGAGCAGGAACUUGUUAGAGCUAGGCAACAGGGAUUAUGCGUACGCAAUUCUUCAGAUACUAGUUAUCUAGGACCAGCUGGGAACAUGAACUCAGGUAUUGCUGCAUUUGAGAUGGAAUACACACACUGGCUAGAAGAGCAAAACAGGAGAGUUAGUGAGAUUCGAACAGCGCUCCAAGCUCAUAUAGGUGACAUUGAGCUCAAAAUGCUGGUAGAUACUUGCUUGAACCACUACGCAAAUCUCUUCCGCAUGAAAGCUGAUGCUGCAAAGGCUGAUGUGUUCUUCUUGAUGUCGGGAAUGUGGCGAACUUCAACUGAGCGCUUCUUCCAGUGGAUUGGAGGUUUCCGCCCAUCCGAGCUUUUAAAUGUUGUGAUGCCAUACGUUGAGCCCUUAACCGAUCAGCAACUCUUGGCGGUGCGUAACCUCCAACAAUCGUCUCAGCAAGCAGAGGAGGCUCUCUCUCAAGGCUUAGAUAAACUUCAGCAGGGUUUGGUCGACAGCAUAGCAUUUCAGAUAGAAGUUAUCGAGUCUGCGAAUCACGGGGUUCAAAUGGCUUCGGCCAUGGAGAAUCUUCAAGCAUUGGAGAGUUUUGUGAACCAGGCGGAUCAUCUGAGACAGCAGACUCUGCAGCAAAUGAGUAAGAUAUUGACGACAAGACAGGCUGCUCGAGGCUUGCUCGCUCUAGGAGAAUACUUCCAUAGGCUGCGUGCUCUUAGUUCUCUCUGGGCAGCUCGUCCACGAGAACACACUUGACAAGUUAGGAGGCAAACAAAACAAAGAGAAAGAAGCACAAGGCAGAUGAUGUUACCUAUUGGGACUUUCAGAAAGUGUUUGGAGAUGUAAGCUGAUUUUUUCUCUAUUAGAGAGCAUCAUCUUCCUCAUUGAUGUUUUUGUUUACUUAAAAGGAAUAAGAGAUGUGUAAAUUUGGGUGGAAAACAUGUAAUGUGGUUGAUAAAUAAGGCUCUUUAUGUUUGUAAAAUAUAUAGGGUUUGUUGUU